CUGGCGGGGGCGACCGAAGAUCCCACCCUGAAGCCGGGGUUCCCGGGCGAGAUUCCCCCGGGCUUGGAGCUCUUCCGCUGGCAGUGGCACGAAGUCGAGGCGCCCUACCUGGUGGCCCUGUGGAUCCUGGUGGCCAGCCUGGCCAAAAUUGUGUUUCACCUGUCUCGGAAAGUAACGUCACUGGUCCCUGAGAGCUGCCUGCUGAUUUUGCUGGGCCUGGUGCUAGGGGGCAUUGUUUUGGCUGUGGCCAAGAAAGCUGAAUACCAGCUGGAGCCGGGCACCUUCUUCCUGUUCCUGCUGCCUCCUAUUGUGCUGGACUCAGGCUAUUUCAUGCCUAGCCGACUGUUCUUCGACAACUUGGGUGCCAUCCUCACCUAUGCUGUGGUGGGCACACUCUGGAAUGCCUUCACAACAGGCACUGCCCUCUGGGGCUUGCAGCAGGCUGGAUUUGUGGCCCCUAGGGUGCAGGCUGGCUUACUGGACUUCCUGUUGUUUGGGAGCCUCAUCUCAGCGGUGGACCCUGUGGCUGUGCUAGCUGUCUUUGAGGAGGUGCACGUCAAUGAAACUCUCUUUAUCAUUGUCUUCGGCGAGUCUCUGCUCAACGAUGCAGUCACUGUGGUGCUGUACAAGGUCUGCAACUCCUUUGUGGAGAUGGGCUCUGCCAAUGUGCAGGCUACUGACUACCUGAAGGGAGUCGCCUCCUUGUUUGUGGUCAGUCUGGGCGGGGCAGCUGUGGGCUUAGUCUUUGCCUUCCUCCUGGCCCUGACCACACGCUUCACCAAGCGGGUCCGCAUCAUCGAGCCACUGCUGGUCUUCCUCAUCGCCUAUGCAGCCUACCUCACUGCUGAAAUGGCCUCGCUCUCCGCCAUUCUUGCGGUGACCAUGUGUGGCCUGGGCUGUAAGAAGUAUGUGGAGGCCAACAUCUCCCAUAAGUCACGCACAGCUGUCAAAUACACAAUGAAGACUCUAGCCAGCUGCGCUGAGACUGUCAUCUUCAUGCUGCUUGGCAUCUCAGCUGUGGACUCUUCUAAGUGGGCCUGGGACUCUGGGCUGGUGCUGGGCACCCUCUUCUUCAUCCUGUUCUUCCGAGCCAUCGGCGUAGUCCUGCAGACCUGGAUGCUGAAUCAGUUCCGGCUGGUCCCUCUGGACAAGAUUGACCAAGUGGUGAUGUCCUAUGGGGGCCUCCGGGGGGCUGUGGCCUUUGCUCUCGUCAUCCUGCUGGACAGGACCAAGGUUCCUGCCAAGGACUACUUUGUGGCCACCACUAUUGUGGUGGUCUUCUUCACAGUCAUCGUGCAGGGCUUGACCAUCAAGCCACUGGUCAAGUGGCUGAAGGUGAAGAGGAGUGAGCAUCAUAAACCCACCCUGAACCAGGAGCUGCAUGAGCACACUUUUGACCACAUUCUGGCUGCAGUGGAGGACGUUGUGGGGCACCAUGGCUACCACUACUGGAGGGACAGGUGGGAGCAGUUUGAUAAGAAGUACCUGAGUCAGCUGCUGAUGCGGCGGUCAGCUUACCGCAUCCGGGAUCAGAUCUGGGACGUGUACUACAGACUCAACAUUCGGGAUGCCAUCAGCUUUGUGGACCAGGGAGGCCACAUCUUGUCUUCUGCAGGUCUCACUCUGCCUUCUAUGCCCAGCCGCAAUUCUGCGGCAGAGACCUCUGUCACCAACUUGCUGAGGGAGAGUGGCAGUGGAGCGUGUCUGGAUCUGCAGGUGAUUGACACAGUACGCAGCGGCAGGGACCGUGAAGAUGCUGUGAUGCAUCAUCUACUCUGUGGAGGCCUUUACAAGCCACGCCGCAGGUACAAAGCCAGCUGCAGCCGCCACUUCAUCUCAGAAGAUGCACAGGAGCGGCAGGACAAGGAGGUCUUUCAGCAGAACAUGAAGCGGCGGCUAGAGUCCUUUAAGUCUACCAAGCAUAACAUCUGCUUCACCAAGAGCAAGCCACGACUUCGCAAGACUGGCCGCAAGAAGAAGGAUGGUGUGGCUAAUACUGAGGCUACCAAUGGGAAACCUCCUCGAGACCUGGGCUUUCAGGACACAGCUGCUGUGAUAUUAACCAUGGAGUCUGAGGAGGAGGAGGAAAGUGACAGUUCAGAGACAGAGAAGGAGGAUGACGAGGGGAUCAUCUUUGUGGCUCGGGCCACCAGCGAGGUUCUCCAAGAGGGCAAGGUCUCAGGAAGCCUUGAGGUGUGCCCAAGCCCACGCAUCAUCCCCCCUUCCCCAACCUGUGCAGAGAAGGAACUACCCUGGAAGAGCGGACAGGGGGACCUGGCCGUGUAUGUAUCCUCAGAAACCACCAAGAUUGUGCCUGUGGACAUGCAGACAGGCUGGAACCAGAGCAUGUCAUCCCUGGAGAGCCUGGCAUCCCCUCCCUGUACCCAGGCCCCAACUCUUACCUGCCUGCCUCUCCACCCACUGGGUGCUGAAGAGCCCCAGGCCCCUCUUCACCUGCCUUCUGAUCCUCGCCCUAGCUUUGCCUUCCCCCCGAGCCUGGCCAAGGCUGGCCGCUCUCACAGUGAGAGCAGUGCUGACAUCCCCCAGCAGCAGGAGUUGCAGCCCCUCAUGGGCCACAAAGACCACACCCAUCUCAGCCCACGUACUGCUAACUCCCACUGGUGCAUCCAGUUUAACAGAAGUGGCCGGCUGUAGACCAGGGCCUUGGGGAGUAGCAGGAGAUGGAGCCCCUGUGGGAACUGCUCCCUAGGCAAUGAGCAGAAGCCCACUCAGCUUGAAAUGGGACCAGAGGGACCUUGACUGGGCUUUCUUGGGGUCUCUUGAGCUGGUCCUCACAGGGACCCUUCUCAACAUCCUCCCUACUCUUAAUCCCUGCCACCUUCUAUUCCAGUAAGGCCACUACUCUGACUCAAGGCCAGUCCAGAGCUUCUAGGAGCUAGGCCCAGAGACUUGGGUAGCUGAUGCCCCUUCCAUUGGGUCUUCCUGGGAUCAUUAUAGGCAGCUGUUCCUGUCCCCAAAGCAAAGGCAUCAUUCCUCAGGGAUGCCAGCCUUCCCUGUCCCCAACUCCCUCCCCAGCACUGGGUCAGGAACAGUUCCUGGGCAGAGAGGCUCAGUGAGGGGCUGGUCCUCAGAAGGAUUAGGGUAGGAGGUAGGGAAGGCCUCAGCCUUGGGCUUUGCUACCCUGCUGGUUCAGCUACUCAUAGUCCAUUAUUUUUAGGGCAUUGGGACUCUCUGCCUUCACUUCUUGCUUUAGCCCUGAUAUUGGAGUAAUAGUUCCUCCUUUUCAAGGACCAAGGCCAGGGGCUGGGCCACACUUCAGUUAAGGCUGCUUCUAAGUCGGAGUCACUCAGGGGAUCUGCUGCUCUGGGUCCAAGUCUGGACCUUUCUGAUCCCUGGAGCUAGGUUUUUUGAAGGGACAUAGUGGCCACUGGGCUCCCAUGUCACCACCUGAACAUUCCCCAAACAGUGAAGAAACCAGGUAUCCCAGGGCAACUGCUCCAUUGCUCUGGGAAGCCUGGCUUCAGUGGUUAGGGGGGCAGACUGGGUGGCAGGUGACUUGCCGGGGGUUAGCACCUGCCUUGUAUUUUGUACCUUGAACCUAAGAUACAUUAAACAUAUCUCAGAUGGUU